AUGCAUCACGACCAUGAACCUCGAUAUUCCAAGGAAUCUGAAUGGAAAAGUACGGGAACGGAGGAUGUGAUGGUGUUCUAUCCAACGCUGCAAGAGAUGGCUGACUUCUCUGCAUAUGUUAGUAGUUGCGAAGCCAAAGGAGCUCAUUUGAAGUCGGGGAUUUGCAAAGUGAGUUUACUAUAAUAUAUUAUCGUAUUUUAAGAUUGUACCGCCGAAGGAAUGGUCUCCAAGACCGAAGAAGGGUCUGAAAUACGAGGAAGUUGGUGAUUAUAUUAUUAAAGCGUAUGUUUUUUUUUAUUUAUGUUUUGUAUUUGAAAGAAGAAGAAGUCAAAUGUGGUUUUUGUUGUUUUCUUCGAAUAAAACAAUAUAAGUAAUGUUUAUUGUGUUUACAGGCCUGUCAAAGAGUCUAUUUCCAACGCGUCGUACGGGGGUUUGUACGUUAAACAAAAUAAGAUAUAUCGCAAAGAAUUAUCGGUAAGACAAUUUGAAGAGCUGGCUCUAUCACAACAUUACCUGAAUCCACGACAAGACUUGGAGCUGAAGGACAUUGAAAGGUAUGUGUAGUAGUAUUAUAAAUCUAAUUUUUAAAAGAAAUGUUGUUUUUGUUUAUAAAAAUUGAGUAAUGUGCUACAAUAUCAUAUUUUUAGACAGUUUUGGCGCACUUUGUGUGUUGGAGAACCAAUUUAUGGUGCAGAUACUCCAGGAUCUUUGUACGACCCGCGUGUCAAAGAGUUCAAUAUUGCUAAGUUGAACACUAUUCUGGACUUACUGACCGAAUGCAAACUGAAGAUACCUGGCGUUAACACGCCAUAUUUGUACUUUGGUAUGUACAAGGCGACAUUUAGUUGGCACACCGAGGACAUGGAUUUGUAUUCUAUUAACUACUUGCAUUACGGGGAGCCAAAGGUAUUGUUUUGAAGGUUGGAUAACGACGAAAUAUUUUAUUGGCUGAUCUAUUAAAGACAAGAAAAUUUAUAUUAUAUUUUUAUUUGUUUUUAUGAAUAUGUUGUUUCAGUUUUGGUAUGCGAUUCCACCAGCAGAUGCUGCCAAGUUCGACAGGUUAUCUCUGCAAAAGUUUCCUGAAGAUGGCAGAAGGUGCAAAGCUUUUUUGAGACACAAAACUCACAUUAUCAAUCCUAAAGAGUUCAAACCUCAUGGGAUCAGGUACGGGACUAUGGUACAGUACCCCGGAGAGUUCAUUAUCACUUUUCCUAGAGUAAGUCGUACUUUUUUAAGACCCAAACAUCCUUGAUGUAGAAAGUUGAAAAUCGAAAUAAUUUUAUGAAUUCUUUGUAGUACCGAUAUUAUAUAUAAAAGUAUUUUUUAAGUUUUGAAAAUGAAAUUUAUUAUCAAUAUUUACAUUUAAAAAUUCGUUAUUUAUUUUUAUUCUGGCUUUUACUUAUAUGAUUUACUUUUUAGGGUUACCACAUGGGUUUUAAUCUUGGUUACAACUGCGCGGAAUCAACUAAUUUUGCCUUGGAUAGGUGGAUCGACGUGGCCAAGGAAGUCUCAGUUUGUCGUUGCGUGAAAGGUUCUGUAGAGAUCGACAUGGCUCCGUUUAUGAAGAAGUUCAGACCGGACGAGUACGAAGAAUGGUACGACUAUUGGUAUCGUCCUAGAGUUGUUAUUGUGAAGCCAAAGUCGGAAUCUUCAUCACCGUUUUUUAUGCCGAGUGUUGAUCUACCGUUAAUCAACGAGGAGAAGAUGAUUGAAUACAAGAAGAGUCUGGAUGAUAAGCGAACGAUCAUGCAUUUCCUAUGGCAACAUCAACAAGACUUUAAGGAAGAAGUCAACUUCAACACCAAAGAAGGAGAACGAUACCCUUACUGUUCUGUUUGUCAGCAUUUCACUCCUACAGUGUCAGAAUACACCCAGCGACCGCAAACGUAUGUUUUGUGCAUUUUUAAGUUUUAAAAUUGGGUUUUAUUUUAUAAAGACAUAAAUAUCUUACAAUUUAGGUCACAACGCUACACAAAUGACCAAUUGUACUCUAAAAGUUGUGUUCCGUGCAACGCUGAGAUUCCUCUGAAUUUGGCUUCUCUAAUUCAAUGUAAAAGAUGCCAUGUAGUGGUUCAUGAAGACUGUUACUUGACAAACAAGUCUUCAGAAGAUAGUUUUCCCUCCACUUCUGAUCAAUCGGAUCUUGAAGCUGUGCCUGCCAAACGACGACGAAGUGACAAGGCUGGUUGGCUGUGCAAAAGGUGUGAGUUCUCGAGAGAACAACUCGUCUGUGCAUCCGUCAACUGUGCCAUGUGCAAGUUGAGAGGUGGUGCGUUGAUUCCGUUUGUUAAUGGACAACCAGGACUGUUUGUUCAUAUUAUUUGUGCUAUUAUGAGUAGACGGUCCAAGAUUGUCAGGGACGAGCAGAAGAACAAGGUAUACGCUAUUACGUCGACGAUGGAUGGGGCGGAAACUGAUCUUGACAAAUUGAGGUAGGUUAAUAUUGUUUUUUAUGCACUGCUAACGAUGUUUAUUCUACUUAUAAAGUAGUGCUAGAGAUUAAAACACAUUAAAAAUUUUAGAGAGAUCUCGUCUAUAUCUCAGAACUACAUCGAACACGAGCCUGACCUUUACCUCAAUGUCGGAAUGGAUUCAAACUUCCAAUGUGCAUUUUGUUGUCAGCCUCUCGAAUCCUGUUUUGUCAAAUGCCAACCAUGCCUGGAUUCUGGAGCUCCUUGUCAAGUGUUUCAUCCUUAUUGUGCACAAUUCGCUGAAAUGCAUACUGAGGUUCGCAACUAUCCUUAUUUGGCAUUGGCAGUGUGCCCAUUACACAAUUCUGACAACAGUAAGUCAGCUAUCAGAGUAAAUUUAUAUUGCAGAUGAAGUCGAGAAGCACCCCAUCAACGUUGGAGACAGUGCCGUUUUCUUCAGUAACCUAGAAUGCGACCGUGUCAUCGUGGAAGAUGUAGCGGAGUCAUUCUUUUAUUUUGUCGAGUUUCUGGACUGUUCCUUCAGUUCGGAUGUUGCUAUCCAAGAUGUGAUUGACUGUCAGUGUAAACACAUCGGGUGCAACGGGGAACACAUCAGUGGACAUGUGGUUAGUUUUUUACAGAGUUUUGUAUGUUUGGGCAAGAAGUACUAUCAGAUUUAAGUAUUAACGACUUCAGGAUACAAGGCAUUUGCUGUUUGACUGACAGUAUUUGAAAUAUCGUUUACGAAAUUAUGAUUGUAAUGUUUGAUUACAGAUAAAAGUACGAUGGGAAGAUGGCCGAGAAUACCAAGGCUACUUCAGAGAGAAGGUGACUGGCUCCACCUUCACGGUGCGAUCCUUGACUUCUUCCACCCUUCGUAAAUGUUCGAGAAAUGCCUUAUAUUGUCUGGACGAAACGAAGCCAGAAGAACUUGAAGAACGUCUGGCCAAAAUCCCGUUGACAAUCUGA